CAUCCGCGGCGCCUCCUCUCCGCUCCCUCACCCCUCAGAGUCGCUCCCCUUCGCGGCGCGGAGGGCGGCGGGCGCGGCGCGGCCAUGGCCGAGGAGCCCAGCGCGCUGCCCUGGUCCAUCAAUAAAGAUGACUACGAGCUGCAGGAGGUCAUCGGGAGUGGAGCGACUGCGGUGGUGCAGGCGGCCUUCUGCAUUCCGAAGAAGGAGAAGGUGGCAAUUAAACGGAUCAAUCUGGAGAAGUGUCAGACGAGCAUGGAUGAACUCCUGAAAGAAAUUCAAGCCAUGAGUCAGUGCCAUCACCCCAACAUUGUAUCUUACUUCGUGGUGAAAGAUGAGCUUUGGCUGGUGAUGAAGUUACUUAGUGGAGGCUCUGUUUUGGAUAUUAUCAAGCACAUUGUGGCCAAAGGAGAACACAAGACUGGUGUCCUGGAUGAACCCUGUAUAGCCACAAUCCUUAAGGAGGUGCUGGAGGGACUGGACUACCUGCAUAAAAAUGGGCAAAUCCACAGGGAUGUGAAAGCAGGAAAUAUUCUUCUUGGAGAAGAUGGCUCAGUGCAAAUUGCAGACUUUGGCGUUAGCGCGUUUCUGGCCACUGGUGGUGACAUUACCAGGAAUAAAGUCAGGAAAACUUUUGUGGGCACGCCUUGCUGGAUGGCACCAGAAGUUAUGGAGCAGGUCAGAGGAUACGAUUUCAAGGCAGACAUCUGGAGCUUUGGGAUCACUGCUAUCGAGCUGGCUACAGGGGCAGCUCCUUACCAUAAAUACCCCCCGAUGAAGGUUUUAAUGCUGACGCUACAAAAUGAUCCCCCAUCUUUGGAAACUGGUGUGCAAGAUAAGGAGAUGCUGAAGAAGUAUGGGAAAUCAUUUAGGAAGAUGAUUUCAUCGUGCCUACAAAAAGACCCUGAAAAAAGACCCACAGCAGCAGAACUCUUAAGACACAAAUUUUUCACGAAAGCAAAGAAUAAAGAAUUUUUGCAAGAGAAGAUGUUGCAGAGAGCACCAACAAUCACUGAAAGAUCCAAAAAGGUCCGGAGGGUCCCAGGCUCCAGUGGGCGUCUUCAUAAGACUGAAGAUGGUGGCUGGGAAUGGAGUGAUGAUGAACUAGAUGAAGAAAGUGAGGAAGGCAGAGCAGCAAUUUCACAGCUCAGGUCUCCCAGAGUGAAAGAACCUGUACAGAAUUCCGAGCUCUUUCCGUCAGCUGAGCCUCCAGGUCCUUCACUCAAUGCUCCAGCACAGGCACCUACUCAACUACCUCAGGCUGCAGGACAAGCACCUGCACAACCUCAAACUGCUGUACCUCCACCUAGUCAGGCUCCUCCAGCAGCCCCAGCAGCAGCCCCAGCAGCAGCUCCAGCAGCAGCCCCAGCAGCAGCAGCCCCAGCAGCAGCCCAGGCCCCACCUGCAGCUGCUGCAGCUUCGGUACAGGAAGACACAAAAGUCCCCAUCAGCCUUGUACUAAGGUUAAGGAAUUCAAAAAAAGAGCUCAAUGAUAUCCGGUUUGAAUUCACCCCAGGGAGAGAUACUGCGGACGGUGUGUCCCAGGAGCUCAUUUCAGCAGGGCUUGUUGAUGGCAGAGAUCUGGUAAUAGUUGCAGCUAAUUUGCAGAAAAUUGUGGAAGAGCCCCAAGCAAACAGAUCCGUCACUUUCAAACUGGCGUCUGGUGUCGAAGGCUCGGAUAUCCCGGAUGAUGGCAAACUUAUAGGAUUUGCACAGCUCAGCAUCAGCUAAACAAUGGUCCCAGGAGAUGUUUCCCAACUGAGAACCCACAUGUGCAUAUUCGUAAUGCUUCUGUUAGCCUAAAAAAAAAAACCACUACUGCCAAAGAAUUGAACUACAUCCCCCUUCCUAGAAGCUUUAACAUUUUCCUUAAUAGGAUCACAAACCUUCCUGAAAUUACCGAUGACGUUUACACCUUUUGUAAACAACUCUCAUGUUUUUGUAUCUGUCAUCUCAAAACAUGCAGACCCAACACGUCAUUGCCUGCAUGUUCAUUUUAUUAUUGCCUUACUUUAAAGAAAAAUACUACUGAGUACGAAGCAGGGGGUUCCACUGCUCUGAUGAUCUUGCCUAAAUGUUUGCUUACAUGUGGUUUCAUUUUUUUUCACUUGCUAUUUUUGCACAAGUUUUAAUACUGAACGGAUUUUUUUUUUUUGUUCUUUACCUGCUUCUCCUUCUAUCUGAAACACCAAUGUACAUGUUGUUUGGGUCACCCGGAGUGCUGAGAAAUCUGCUUCUCUUUGGCUGUGUGUUUUAAAAGUGCUGGUUUGAAUGCUUGCACCUAAGAAAGCAAGCUGAGUCUUAACCCACAGGAGGGAGAGCCGCCUUCCCUUGUGUUUGUGUUUUUGAGAAGUUCCUUGACUUUUGAGGUGUUAGAAGUCAGCUUCCCUUUGUAAACUGCCUUAAUUUUAUUUUUUUUUUUUUUACCAUUUUGGUUCUCUCCACAUGAGUGCCAGGCGUGGCAUGAGGGCUGAACCUUUUAAUUUACGUUAAGCAGUCCUUCCUCAAAACGUCUUUCAUCCUGCAUCUUAGAUGUAGUCUAUUCUUGAAGCAGACCAGUGAGGCAUUGCUGCUGGUCUUUCAGAUGAUGAACACAAUACCCGUGGUCAGAGGGAGAGGAGAUCUGUGUCACCCUGUGUUUGGGAAACACGCACUUCAGACUGUUCCUCAAGCCCGGUUCUGCCAUGCCUGGCUGCGCAGAGAGUCCUCCCGACGUGUUUUCCCAGUCCUUCGCAAACUGGUACCCCUGGAACCACCCCUGUCGUGUUUUACAGCAAUAAAGAAUCGCCAGCAGAGUGGUUGUACUGGGCAAGCGGGCGCCGGGCUGUGUCCCUCCUGCACUAACGGCCUGGGCCGGCACCUCCUCGCCGGCCGAGCCCCCACGUUUGAUCAGGAUGUCACUGAAACCCCGUCACACACGUAUUUAGCUUUUCUUUCUAUGUGGUGUUGAAGUUGAGUUUCUACAUGAAUAAUAUAAAUUAUGCUCUGAGUUUGAUAAGAGACACUUGUAAUGCAAUAUGUGAAUAAUAAAUGGUGUUGACUCUUU